GGUGAGAAUUGCCCCUGCCGAGGUGAAGACAAGCCCAUCCACAGGUGGUUCCCGCCUUCCACGAACCUUCCAAAUCGUCCCCACGUGACUCUUCACAUGACCAGACUUUCUCGACUCCUUCCAUCGAUUCAACUCUGGCAUCACGUAUCUCAUGGUUAUUCAAGACGCAAUACGCUUAUAUCCCCCGCUUCGUGCUGUUGCUGUCCGAGGUUUACGAGACGGAAUUUCGUCCCGACGAAGCGAUAACCUGGAAUGAGUUCCUGUCGAUACGCUCUAUGAUUGGAGGAAACAUCGGUUAAACCACGGGUAGAGUUCACAAGCUCAUCAUCCGUGGGGCUUCACCACCAACUAGAUGCUCAUCUGGUAUCAUGAGAACGAACUGGUCUGUUCGAUUGGCAAAUGAUAGAGGAGGAUAGCUCUUUUCUCGCCCGACGGAUGCAUAUGUAUCAGGCAGAAUAGACACGCAAGUUGCUGCGGGGUUGUCAUUUACCCAGACAGGUUCUCCAGCUUGUUCAAGGCGCGAGUAUUUAUCUGUUGAUCAGAGGAGCUGAUUCCUGUCAAUUGACUUAGUUUCCCAUUAUUCUUGCUUUUACCGUGAAACAGGCUUUUUGGAAGUGAUAAAAUGGCUGACAUUAACGUCGAAGAGGUCCUGAAGAAGCUGUCUCUCGCUGAGAAGGUCUCCCUCCUGGCAGGAAUUGACUUCUGGCAUACAAAGUCACUCCCAGAGCAUGGAGUCCCAUCUCUACGUCUAUCAGAUGGCCCCAACGGCGUAAGAGGAACCAGAUUCUUCAACGGUAUCCCGGCAGCAUGCUUUCCCUGCGGCACCGGCCUUGGUGCAACAUUCAACCAAGAACUGCUUGAGGAAGCAGGAAAAAAGAUGGGUGAAGAGGCAAUUGGAAAGAGUGCUCAUGUAAUUCUCGGCCCCACCAUCAACAUGCAACGUUCGCCUCUUGGAGGACGUGGUUUUGAGUCUAUAGGCGAGGACCCCUUUCUCGCUGGCCUCGGUGCCGCUGCGCUUGUUCGUGGAAUCCAGAGCACAGGUGUGCAAUCAACAAUCAAGCAUUUUGUAUGCAAUGAUCAAGAACAUAAGCGCAUGAGUGUUCAAGCUAUCAUCACAGAGCGUGCACUUCGUGAGAUCUACGCUCUUCCCUUCCAGCUGGUUGUACGAGACUCACAGCCCGGUGCAUUCAUGACAUCUUACAACGGUGUCAACGGAACUUCUUGCAGUGAGAGCAAGAAGCUACUGAACGACAUGCUACGUGAAGAAUGGGGUUGGGAGGGUCUGAUCAUGAGUGAUUGGUACGGCACAUAUAGUGUCACAGACGCCAUCAAGGCUGGUCUUGAUCUUGAGAUGCCUGGCCCUACUCGCUGGCGAGGCGAUGUCCUCAACUUUGCAGCUGCUUGUGAGAAGGUUUGGGGGCAUGUUAUUGAUGACCGCGCCCGAGAGGUCCUCAAGUUUGUCAAGAAGUGUGCUGCCUCUGGUGUCAAGGAACACGGCCCUGAGAAGACACUCGAUACACCUGAGACAGCCGCUCUUCUCCGUAAGAUCGGAAACGAGAGUAUUGUGCUCCUGAAGAAUGAGAAGAGCCUUCUUCCGUUGGCGAAGGAUAAGAAGACCUUGGUCAUUGGACCUAACGCCAAGGUUGCGACUUACCAUGGUGGUGGCUCUGCCUCUCUAGCCGCCUACUACGCUGUGACACCUUACGAUGGUAUCGCUGAAAAGCUCGGUAGCCAGACUGCAUACACUAUAGGUGCCUACACCCAUAAACUGAGCCCUCUACUGGGAAGCCAGACCAAGGGCGAAGACGGAAAGGCUGGUAUGAGCUGGAAGGUGUACAACAAGCCACCUAGCGACACAUCCCGCAAGCCCGUCGACGAGCUAUGGCUUGCCAAGUCGGAAAUGCACCUCGUCGACUACUACAACUCUGAGCUCGAAGACCUCUGGUUCGCAGAUCUAGAAGGAAUUCUAGAAGUCGAGGAAGAUUCCACGUACGAGUUUGGCGUCAUCGUCUGCGGGACUGCCAACCUCUACGUCAACGACGAGCUUGUCGUCGACAACUCGACCAAGCAAAUCGCCGGCGACGCGUUCUUCGGCACAGCGACACGGGAAGAGCUCGGCCGCAAGGACCUAAAGAAGGGCGAGAAGUACAAGAUCAGGAUUGAGUUUGCCUCGGCCCCAAGCUUCACCCUCAAGCUGGACAACCCCGUCGUCGGCCACGGAUCUCUUCGCGUCGGUGCAUCAAAGGUCAUCGACGCGAAGCAGGAAAUCGAGCGAUCUGUCGCUCUCGCUAAGGAGCAUGAUCAGGUCAUUAUUUGUGCUGGUCUGAACUCGGACUGGGAGACGGAGGGCUCCGACCGUGAGAGCAUGAAGCUUCCCGGAGCUCUGGAUGAGCUCAUUUCCGCUGUCGCAGCCGCGAAUUCGCAGACGGCUGUUGUUAUGCAGACUGGUACGCCGGAGGAGAUGCCCUGGCUGGAUGAAGUCCCUGCUGUGAUUCAGGCGUGGUAUGGUGGUAACGAGACGGGUAACUGCAUUGCAGACAUUCUCUUUGGUGACGCAAACCCGUCUGGCAAGCUAUCGCUGAGCUUCCCCAAGCGCUUAGCCGAUGUCCCAGCAUUCCUUAAUUUCCGAACCGAAGCCGGGCGAACACUUUAUGGUGAGGAUGUGUAUAUGGGAUACCGAUACUACGAAUUUGCCGACCGUGAAGUCAACUUCCCCUUUGGUCACGGCCUCUCAUACACCACCUUUGCCUUCUCAGACCUCAAUGUUUCCUCCAAGGAUGGCAAGCUCACCACAAGCGUUACCAUAAAAAACACAGGCUCCGUGCGCGGUGCAGAAGUUGCGCAGCUUUACGUGCGCCCAAUGCAAGCUGCCAAGGUGAACCGUCCUGUCAAGGAGCUCAAGGGUUUCGCAAAGGUUGAGCUAGAUGCUGGCGAGUCUAAGACGGUGACUAUCACUGAGUUGGAGAAAUAUGCCGCCGCAUACUUCGACGAAGAGAAGGACAAGUGGUGUGUUGAGGCUGGUGAGUACGAGAUUAUUAUUAGUGACAGCAGUGCUGUGACCGACAAGGCACUCAAGGGCUCCUUCAAGGUCGAUGAGACAUACUGGUGGUCUGGUAUUUAACAAAUGGACUGUAGAUAGCUGUGUAAUGCUUCGACUGAAUGAGAAUUAAGUAUUUUCUUGCU